AUGUUUGGUAAUGUAAUGUAUUAUAUUGCGAAAUUACUGAUAUUACCUAUAUUAUUAGAAUGUGUGGAAGGUUCGAAAAUUCUAACCCAGAACUACGGAAAUCAGUACCAAGGCUUCCAUUUGAAUGGAGUGGAUUUGGAUAUCAGUGAGGACGUAAACGAGGGUAUAGAAGUUAGGACUAUAUUCCCGCAUGAAAUCGAAAUUAAACAAUUUAGAUGUCUCCCAGGCUUUAAAUUGGCGUAUGUUCUGGAAUCCUUACACAAUGUUUGGGCAUCAUCAAAUGAGCAGGUUUGUACUAAGGCGACAGUAGCAUAUGAUGACAACGUACCGACCUUCCUCACGAUCAUAUGUAACAAAAAUGGCUAUGUAAACUAUAACACUAGUAAUGCUGCCAAUACCAGUAAUGUUGCCAAUAACGUCGGUGAAGUAAAUGGUGAGAAUGAGGGAGCAAGUGAGGAAAACGAAGAAUCACUGAAAUUGGAUGAAUUUAUGGAAAAUCGUCAACAAAAUAAGGAAAGGGGACAUUAUCUAAAACAUAAACAAUCUCAUGAUCACCAGAACACUAAACCUAACGAGAAUAAUCCUCAAGCACAAGAGCACACUGAGGACCGCUAUGAGAUAAUGUACAUGAUUAAUAGCGGAGAGGAGUGGUUAAAGUGUGACGAGAAGUUCUUUUACAAUUUCUUUAACGAGUUCGUGUUGGGAAGAAUGGUGCAUCAGAGUAUAGAAUUGGAUAUCUCAUCGACGUUAGAUGAGCACUUGUUUUACGUGAAUACUGUGGAGAGUUUCCCAUUUAUUAUCAUAAUACCAAAUGUAUCUGUUAGAGUACACAAGGUCACGGAUAGUGGCAGAUUUGUCUGGUCGGCGUCAUCUACAAGUAAACGCUGUUUAUACAUAUCAAUAUAUAAUAAUUCUGAAACUCCUUUAAUGUGUUUGAUCUCAAAUGCAGAUCCCAAGAAGUAUUACUAUCACUUCACAAAUGAUCAGUGGAGUCUGAUACCGCAAGAUGAAUACUAUGAAAAUCUAAGAUUGUUUGGAAUUGAUUUAGAGAAAUUCGAUAACAAAGUUGAAUUAAAUGUUGAUAAAGUGGACGCGAAGUUCGUCAAACACAAAUUUGGCAGUGAGAAAAUAUACCUGGAAAAAAUCAGUCCAAAACCAGGUUAUAAACUAACUAGCAUCACAUCCAAUAAUGGUAAAGUGUGGUCUGGCAACAGAAACGAGUACUGUACAUACAUUGAUAUUAAUAUGGUGGAUCCCAAUCACCUGAUGACACUGUACAUCAAGUCGAAUAAUAAUUCUAAGGUUUUAUAUUUCUGUAAAUAUUCUCAUUGGAAAGCAAUCACAUCUCAACAAUACCAUCAACUACUGACCGUCAAUACUGGUAACUCAAGUAAUAACGCCAGUGGUAGUGUUGGUGAUAGACUUAUGAGAAGUAAUUUCGUAAACGAUAAAGGAAUAAAGAUAAGCACCUACCUGUGUAAAACAACAAACCCGGUGGUGAGAGGAUCGAUAAUAUUAAUUCAUGGAAACAGGGAGUAUUUCAAGUCAAAUUUCUUAAAUUACAACAAGGAGUGGAAUUUUGAACAGUUUGGAUACCCGUCAUUUCCAAACAUUAAUUCGAUUGACGAUUUCGAAUUAAAUAUCCAGCGCACAAGUUGGAGAAAUGACAAAAACAAAUACUCGGAGUUCUUCACUCAAUUUGAUAACUAUAACAGAAAUGAGUUCAACAGUAGCAUGGUUGAACUGUUCAACAAUGCGGGUCUGAAUGUGUACGGCAUGGAUUUGCAGUCCUUUGGGUAUUCCGAAGGCAUGACUAGUUCAAGAUGUUACGUGAAUCACUUUGACGACUUCAUCAACGACCUGACUAAAUUCAUUGAUAUCAUCAGGUCUAACAAGUUCUUCAGCAGUAGUGUUGAUAGUUUUAGGGUUCGAGUUGAUGAAGUGGACGGAGCGUAUAGAGGAGGGCAGAUAUACAUUCUAGGAUAUAGUAUGGGAGCAAACAUAGUAAUGCAAACAUUACAGCACAUUAAUAAGCUGAAUAAAAUGCGCGGAAUCGGUGGAGUUAUAAUACUGUCAGGAAUGCUUAAGUUAGACCAAAGAUUUUCAAACUACAUCACAAAGAUCAUUUCUUUGUUUUCAUUGUCAUUCAUGAGCUUACUGGCGCCGAAAUCUGAAUGCGAAAGAACUGCAUACGGAGAUUGGACCAUGAAAAUUAAUGACUAUCAUAAACUUAACGACGGGUUUUAUUAUUCAAGAGGGUACCCUUUUAACUUAUUACAUGAGUUGUUUAAGGCUACAGAAGUACUUAGACAGAACAUGAACUUUUACCCUAAGCAUAUACCAACACUAUUCAUCCACUCCAAAAGUGAUCCCCUCUGCUCCAUUCAAGGAGUUAAGGAGAUAUUUGAUGAGCAUUUGUCUUCUAAUCCGAACAGUGAGUUAGUGGAGUUGGAAGGAAGUUCACACGAAACACCAAGUCCUCAGUUCAUAUUUAACAUUGCACCGCCAUUAAGAAGCUGGUUGGAAAAGGUAAUUCCACAGCCGGAAUUUGACUCUUCUAAAGGAUUUGAAGGGAAACACAAGGUGGGUAGAGUUGAUAAAGACUCGGUAACAUACGAAGUUGUUAUAUUAAUGAUAGUAUCACUAUGUUUAUCCGCAGCGAUAAUUUUCGGAGUUUUAAACGCAUUUUACAAGAGAAGCACAGAUCCCGAAGAUCUAAAAGAUUUCGGGGAGGCAUAACGCAUUCAUCACAUAACACUAGUAACUCAUGACACGGACAUUA